AGGACCGCCGAGCGCGGGGUCGAGAGCCGAGCCCGAAAGCCCAACCCCCGCCGCCGCCCCCUCCUCCGCCGCACCGCCGCCGCCCGCCGCCCACCGCCAUGGAGCUCGAGAUGGAAUCCAUGGCCUCCGCCAUCGGCGUCUCCGUCGCCGUGUUCCGCUUCCUCCUCUGCUACCUCGCCACCAUCCCAGUCUCCUUCCUCUGGCGGUUCGUCCCCGGGCGGCUCGCCAAGCACGCCUACGCCGCCGGCUCCGGCGCCCUCCUCUCGUACCUCUCGUUCGGAUUCUCCUCGAAUCUCCACUUCCUGGUGCCGAUGCUGCUCGGCUACCUCUCGAUGGUGGCCUGCCGGUCCAAGUGCGGCAUCCUCACUUUCUUCCUCGGAUUCGGCUACCUGAUUGGCUGCCAUGUCUACUACAUGAGUGGGGAUGCAUGGAAAGAAGGAGGCAUUGAUGCGACUGGAGCUUUAAUGGUACUGACAUUGAAAGUAAUCUCAUGUGCAAUCAAUUAUAAUGAUGGGUUGCUGAAAGAGGAGGAUCUUCGUGAUUCUCAGAAGAAGAAUCGUUUAAUUAAGUUGCCCUCAUUGAUAGAGUACUUUGGCUACUGCCUCUGCUGUGGCAGUCACUUUGCUGGUCCUGUUUAUGAGAUGAAGGAUUAUCUGGAAUGGACUGAAGGGAAGGGGAUUUGGAGCCGCUCUGAUAAAGGACCUAAACCAUCACCUUUUGGCGCAACCGUGAGAGCUAUUCUCCAAGCAGCCUUUUGCAUGGGUUUAUACCUGUACCUGGUGCCCCAAUAUCCACUGUCUCAGUUUACGGAUCCAGUAUACCAUGAAUGGGGAUUUUGGAAGCGGUUGAGUUAUCAAUAUAUGGCUGGCUUCUCGGCUCGUUGGAAGUAUUAUUUCAUCUGGUCAAUUUCUGAGGCCUCCAUAAUUAUAGGUGGCCUUGGGUUCAGUGGCUGGACAGAGUCUUCUCCACCAAAGCCAAAGUGGGAUAGGGCAAAGAAUGUUGACAUCCUAGGAGUUGAGUUUGCAACGAGUGCAGUUCAGUUGCCACUUGUGUGGAAUAUCCAAGUCAGCACUUGGCUCCGUCAUUAUGUUUAUGAUAGGCUUGUUCAGAAGGGGAAAAAACCUGGCUUCUUCCAGUUGCUGGCAACUCAGACAGUCAGCGCAGUUUGGCAUGGAUUGUAUCCUGGAUAUAUCAUUUUCUUUGUACAGUCGGCCCUGAUGAUAGCUGGAUCUAGAGUGAUAUACAGAUGGCAACAGGCAAUUCCUCCAAAGAUGGCUCUGAUGAAGAACAUAUUAGUGUUUUUGAACUUUGCCUACACGUUAUUGGUUCUGAAUUAUUCAUGUGUUGGUUUCAUGGUGUUGAGUUUACACGAGACGAUUGCCUCGUACGGAAGUGUAUAUUACAUCGGAACCAUUCUUCCCAUAGCUUUGAUCCUCCUUGGGUAUGUAAUCAAGCCGGCGAAACCAGCCAGAUCUAAAGGUCGCAAGGAACAGUGAGAAUCGGGAAGGCGGUCUGGUUAGAGACUUACUAGGUUUUUUUUAAAGGUCGUUUCGACAUGUAGCUGGUUCAAAUGGCUACGCUCUGCUGCUUUGUAUUUCCUUUGAACAAUGGCACCCCUCUGUUAUAAUUAAAUGACUCAGUUUUUCUCCUA